AACUGGUGUUGAUUUUUCUUUUAGUGUAAAAUAGUGAAGCAAGUAGAGUUGUUUUGUAAUAAUAAAAAAAUGGAAAGUGAAUAUAAAGAGAUUGUUGACCGACUAAGAGCUAGUUACAAAUCCGGCAAGUUCCGAUCCUUAGAUGCUCGAUUACAUCAGCUUAGGCAAUUUCUUUUGAUGGUGGAAGAAAACGAAGAAAAACUGUAUGAAGCUGUGAAAAAAGAUCUAAAUAAGUGUAAAGUGGAAGCUAAACUUAUGGAAGUGCUACAAUUGAAAAUAGAAACAGGGGAUGCGUUAAAAAAUCUGUCAAAAUGGAUGGCACCAGAGCGUGUAACUCCUGAUCUUAUUAAUAAAUUGAACACUUGUGAGAUUAUAUCAGAACCCUACGGUGUAGUUUUGGUGAUCGGAGCGUGGAAUUAUCCUAUUUUACUGGGUCUUCAGCCUGCAAUAACCGCCAUAGCUGCAGGUAAUUCUGUCAUCAUAAAACCAUCUGAAGUAUCAGAAAAUGCAGCUAAAGUUAUUGCAGAAAUUGUGCCGAAGUACAUGGAUAAAGAUUGCAUGACAGUAGUCAGUGGUGGAGUUCCAGAAACAACAGCUAUUCUCCGUCAAAGAUUUGAUUACAUAUUUUACACAGGAGGGACGUUUGUUGCUAAAAUAAUUAUGAAGGCUGCUGCUGAGUAUUUGACUCCUGUCACAUUAGAACUUGGAGGGAAAUCACCGGCUAUUGUUGAUUCUUCUUCCAACUUUGAUGUGAUUGGUCAAAGGAUUGUAUGGGCGAAAUAUUGCAACGCCGGACAGACGUGCUUGUCUGUUGAUUACGUUUUAUGUAUUGACGAUUGUCAAGAUCAACUGAUUGAAUCCGUUAAAAAGGCUAUUAUCAAAUUCUAUGGUGAAGACCAGAAAAAAUCUGACAGUUACGGUAGAAUCAUAAACAAAAGACAUUUUCAGAGAGUGUGCAACCUGAUCAAUUCUGAUAAAGUCGUUUAUGGUAACAUCAAAGAUGAAGAAGAUCUCUAUAUUUCACCAACGAUUUUAAAAGAUGUUUCACCAGAGGAUAAGAUCAUGCAAGAGGAGAUUUUUGGACCACUUUUACCAAUCCUGCCAAUGGAAUCUCUUGAUGAUGCUAUUGAUUUUAUCAAUGAAAGAGAGAAGCCACUUGCUAUGUAUGUUUUUUCAAAUAUACAAAAAACCAUUAAUCGUUUAACAAAUGAGACAUCGUCCGGUGGCAUUUGUAUCAAUGAUGCUUUGGUGCAUGCUGCAGUUCCCGGUCUUCCCUUUGGUGGUGUAGGCUAUAGUGGUAUGGGAUCUUAUCAUGGCAAAUUUGGUUUCAAUACCUUUUCACAUAAAAAGUCAUACCUUUAUAAAAAUCAAAUGAUGGAAAGUGUCAAUGCUUUACGAUAUCCACCAUAUGAUGAAAAUUGGAAGGUGCUACAAUGGUUGGAAUGGAUGUUAAUCCCAACGAAAGUGAGCAAGUAAAUUAUUAAGUGUAGAAGACAUGAAAUAAUCACGCAUUUGGAAUAUCUUAGAUAAUUUUGUAGAAUCUUAUAUAAAUACUGGAAUAAGCUAAAUAUAUAUAGCUAUUAUGGAAAAAAAUGCGUUAUGGCAUCUUUUCUUGUGCAAUGGCAAUAUAAUUUGACAAAAAAAAAUUUUUACGUUUGAGCAACAUGAAGGUCACAUCUAGCAUAUUAAUUUUGAAUAUUAUUAGUAUAUAUCUGUCAGGAUUUUUUUAUUAUUUUUAUUUUAAAUGCUGAGAAUUAGGAUUGAAUUUACAAAACUAUCAAUUAAAAGAAUUCUUUUUUUUUUGUCUGUAAUAAUAGCCCCUAGUUUGUUCAAAAGAAAAGAAGGCGUGAUACACACAAAAUAGCGCAUGCGAUAUAUUUUUAUCCACUGUGUUGUGACGGGCGAAUUCCUAACUACUACAGACUAAUUUUAUUACUUUUAUUCUAACAGCAUAAUGUAUACUUUCAAAAAGAUGCUGAAAGUUUGCUCCGUGUUUUGUAAAUCACUUCCGACUCAUUCUAACUUUGCUCGUAUAUUGUUUAUCAGUUUCUCAGCAUACAUAUAAGUAUCUUAAAUUUACAUAUUUUGCAUUGUUAUAUUAAAUAUAUUUUAGAAUUAUACUUGCAUAUAUUAUGUUGAAAUUUGGUUUGAUCAAUAUUGCUUUUCAACUUU